CCAUGAACAGCUCCACGGCAGGCUCCGAGGGGGACUGGCAUCCCGAGUCCGUGAUCAUCCCCCUGGUGUACCUCGUCAUCUUCCUCGUGGGCACGGUGGGCAACAGCCUGGUCCUGGCCGUGCUGCUGCGCAACGAGCAGGUGAAGAACACCACCAACCUCUUCAUCCUCAACCUGGGGGUGGCCGACCUCUGCUUCAUCCUCUUCUGCGUCCCCUUCCAAGCCACCAUCUACACCCUGGAGGGGUGGGUGUUUGGGCCCUUCAUGUGCAAGGCUGUCCACUUCUUCAUCUACCUCACCAUGUAUGCCAGCAGUUUCACCCUGGCCACCGUCUCCCUCGACAGGUAUUUGGCCAUACGAUACCCCCUGCACUCGAGGGAGCUGAGGACACCCCGGAACGCCCUCAUGGCCAUCGGCCUCAUCUGGGGGCUUUCCUUCAUCUUCUCGGGCCCUUACCUCAGCUACUACCAGGAAUUCCAGCUGGCCAACCUGACCGUGUGCCACCCCAUCUGGGAGGUCUCCCAGCGCAAGGUCAUGGACAUCUGCACCUUUGUCUUCAGCUACAUCAUCCCGGUGCUGAUCCUGAGCCUCACUUACGUGCGGACUAUUCGCUACCUGUGGAAGUCCGUGGACCCUCUCCAAGACAUGUCCGAGUCCAAGAAGGCCAAGCGGAAGGUCACCAGGAUGAUCAUCAUUGUGGCCGUGCUGUUCUGCCUCUGUUGGCUGCCCCACCACCUGGUCAUCCUCUGCGUCUGGUUCGGGUACUUCCCCCUCAACCACUCCACGUACGUGCUCCGCAUCCUGUCACACGUCAUCUCCUACGCCAACUCCUGCGUCAAUCCCAUCGUCUAUGCCCUGGUCUCCAAACACUUCCGCAAGGGCUUCAAGAAGAUCUUCAGCUGCCUCCUGCACAAGAAGGCAGCCCACAGGGUGCACGUGGCCCAGGUGACCAACACCGUCAGCACGCUGGAGGCAGAGCUCAGCGAGGUGACCCAGCUCAGCGAGGCCCUGCCCGGCCGCUCCUCCGCGCGCUGCAGGGUCCCAGCCCAGCCCUGGGGGGAGGUGGAGCUGGUGGGACAGCAGCACAAAGGAGAUGGCUCCUUCGUCACCUUCAGUGUCAGCUAGCAGAGCUUCUCCCCACCCCAUGGCUUUGCAGGCUCCUGCAGCAUGGCAGGCCUGGGGACAGGCUACAUUUUGGGUUGAAAUGUGGCCGGUCGGACUCUUUCCAUUCAAGUGGACCCAGAUGUCAUAACAGUGAUGAUGCUGCUGAUACCAACUCAGCCAAGCAGCUGACCAAGGAUCCAAGGUCAGGAUUUGCUUCCACCAAGCACUUGCUGAUAGUAGAGAUCAAGCCCCCCAAAUCCACUCUGGUGUAAUCACCUGUUCCUCUGCCACGGACAGACUUACGCCCUGUUGCAACUACACCUGGAGGUUGUUGAAAGCUCUGGUCCCUCCAACCAACACAGCAUUUGGCUGGAGUUAGUGGGGUGCUCUUUUAGGGAUAUUUGGGAAGUCUUGGUUUGUUUGUGACCUGGUACAGGAGCUGCAUCCUAGGACAGCUCUGGACACAGCUGUGUGGGCAUAAACCCAGCUCAGGAAAAUCCAGGAGAGAAGCAUAGAAGGUCACCAAGGACCAGAAGGGAUGGAGGCUGUUUGCUGAGGGAGCACAGCCAUGGCCCUGCAGGAGGGGAACCUGAGUGGGACAGGACCACACUGGGGGAGGAUUUGAAUGCCUUGGACAGCUCGGGUACGGCUCAGCCUCUCAUCAAAGUGAGGUGAUUGUGGAGAAGAGCGAAGCAGAGCAGCAGCACUGCUUCCCUGUAGCCACAGUGUGGGACUGGACAGCCAGGGCUGUGUGAGAGCUGGGGGUCAUCCCCAGCC